AUGUCCUUCCCAUUGCUUCGUUUACCCCAACUGGUUCAUAUCGAAGUAUUCAAACAUCUGGAAUUUCAAGAAAUAUUUUUGUUGAGUUUAUGCUCCGAAAAUAUGAAAUUUCUGGUUCAUAGAAUAAAAUUGAAGCCGAAGGAGAUACAAUAUACUCUCGGGGACGAUAUGAUCCGAGUUUCUGUCGGGGGAACUAAUAAAGAAUGGAAGAUAUAUCCGUUGGCAGUUCUGGAAUGUGUCUCGUUUAUUCCCAGUGAAGAAAUUACAUUCAAAAAGCUUGGAGGUGAACACAUCGCAUGCAGAAUAGUUGAAAACUCUUCAGACGACCAAUACACUCACAUUUUCGAAUGUCUCGAGGACCGUCUUAGCGAAGUUCUAGUAUUCGUUCAGUACCAUCUUGAAUUUUUGUUUCCCAAAGACCCAUGCGUCCAACUUAAAGUUAAGUCAGUUGACUGCCUACUGGCCGCAGAUGUUCUCUCUAAUGUCAUUAACACCGCCCUCAGGUUUGAUGAGUUCAGACACACGGAAGUCGAGGAGUUUUUGACUAAUAAUCCAAAUCAUGAGAGUAUUGAUAUUUUGUCAAAGCCAAGUUGUCGAGAUUUGAAAUGCAAUUCGAAACUAUGGAAGAUCAAAGGAUUAUCCUUCGAAUAUUCUCGUACUAACACUUGCAGAAUCAUGAAAUAUUUUUCUGGUCGUUGCCUGAUUCUUCACAAUGCAAGUCUGAAGUAUUCUCCCUGGAUUCAAUUGAUUCAAAAGUGGAAGAAAAAGGAGGCGUACGGCGAUUUGCAUGCAGUAAUUGUGCGAACUCCCGAGGACGUGUAUGAAGAGAUUGAUUCAGAUAAGCUUCUUAGAGAAUGUAAUGCAUUGCAAUGGGAUGGUUUAAGACGUCCGCAAAUGUUCAAGUUUGAUCCAAAAAUGUCUUUUCGAUUGCUUCGUUUACCCGUACUGGUUCAUAUCGAAAUAUUCAAACAUCUGGAAUUUCAAGAAAUAUUUUUGUUGAGUUUAUGCUCCGAAAAUAUGAAAUAUCUGGUUCACGGAAUACAAUUGAAGCCGAAGGAGAUACAAUAUAUUCUCGGGGACGAUAUGAUCCGGGUUUCUGUCGGGGGAACUCAUAAAGAUUGGCAGCGACUUCCCAUGGCAGUUCUGGAAUGUGUCUCGUUUAUUCCCAGUAAAGAAAUUAUAUCAAUAAAGCUCGGAAGUGAACGCAUCGCAUGCAGAUUUGUUGAAAACUCUUCAGACGACCCAUGCACUCUCAUUUCUGAAUGUCUGGAGAACUGUCUCAGCGAAGUUCUAGUAUUCGUUCAGUACCAUCUUGAAUUUUUGUUUCCCAAAGACCCAUGCGUCCAACUUAAAGUUAAGUCAGUUGACUGCCUACUGGCCGCAGAUGUUCUCUAUAAUGUCACUAACACCGCCAUCAAGUUUGAUGAGUUCUCACCAACGGAACUCGAAAAUCAUUUGGCCAACAAUCCCAAUCAUGAGAGUUUUGAUAUUAUUUCAAAACCAAGUGGCCGAGAUUUGAAAUGCAAUUCGAAACUAUGGAAGAUCAAGGGAUUAUCCUUCGAACAUUCUCGAACGAUCACUUGCAGAAUUAUGAAAUAUUUUUCUGGUCGUUGCCUGAUUCUUCACAAUGCAAGUCUGAAGUAUUCUCCUUGGAUUCAAUUGAUUCAAAAAUGGAAGAAAAAGGAGGCGUACCGCGAUUUGCAUGCAGUAUUUGUACGAACCCCCGAGGACGUGUAUGAAGAGAUUGAUUCAGAUAAGCUUCUUAGAGAAUGUAAUGCAUUGCAAUGGGAUGGUUUAAGACGGCCACAGAUGUUCAAGUUCGAACCGAAGUGA